AACAUUAUUAUAAUAGUUUAAAAGAAAAACACUGAUUUAAAAUUGUCUGCGUAGCAAUUUAAAAAUAUUUUGAUCAGUGCAUCCUUUUUGAGUAAAAAUAUCAAUUUAUUGAAAAUGUAUAUUCCAGUGCGCAUUUCAGGUUUACACAGUAAAACACUGAUUAUUCAUUAUCAAGAGCGACCGAUACCGUUCCCAUAGGUAAUGAAUCAGUAACCAGUUGACUAGGCAGAUUUACCCAGUGUGCUCAAGGGACGUCAAAAUCAGCCUUGAGGGAGCACAAAUUAACAAAGUCUGUUUUCAGGAAGAUUACCAGAACUAAAAGAAGACUCAUUCACCGCGUACGAACCCACAGGGAUUUUUCUAACGCAGAAAGUCUGAUCUAGAUUACGUAAGGAAGCUGAAAAAAAGGACUAUAAAGAAUAUAUUUAUUUCUGCACUGUGAUGGACAGGCUUGACCUCCGUUCAGCUCCGUUCACCCCCGACACCGUCCUGCCGGGUCCCAGCACUGCCCUUACAAAUAACAUUUAUGCUGCUGUUAUAAAGGUGUUCAAGACAGAGGAGCUACAGCCCAAUGAACUGUACUGCUUGAAUGAAAAUACCAGGUGGCUUCUAAGGACAGAUAUGGGCUUCUUCAUCAAAGAGUAUUUUCAGAAUCAGAUUUUGACCAAAGGUCUAUCAAUCAUUUUGGAUGAGAUUCAGAAGCAUGAAGGAGAGAGGCAGCUGUUUGUUUUGGCCCAGGUGUGGGAUAGGUUUUUCACAGAGAUUCUGCCCACGUUGCAGGCAAUUUUGUGUCCUCUGCAGACCAACACAGAGUUUCCUGUGUUAUAUAUCCUGGCUCUUCCAAGCUUGUUAAUGCGGAUGGACAGCGGCCAUUAUUCUGCAGCUUCUGAACUAAAACUAACCAAUACUGCUUCUAAGGGGCAGGAGUUGACAGUCAGACAGAUGGCUCUUCUCGGUUUUAGGGAUCUGGUCCUAUUGAAGCUCUCGCUGGGCGACCUGCUCUGCAAGAAUCGGUCUCUCAUCCCAGCAUCCAUCACACAAAUGCUUCUUGUGCUGCAGGGGAUUCAGGAAUCCAGAGGUCCCUCAAAGCAAUAUUGCCAACUUGAGAGUCUUCUGGCGCUAGCGGUCGAACCCUACUUAUGGAACUGCAGACACACAAGUUGCACUGAACAAAGGACCACAAGAGCACAAGUGAGUCAUCCUGAGAUAAGGAUUACUCAUCACAUCUCUGAAGGCUCUCUGCUGUCCCCUGUAGUAGAACAUGAAGGGGAGAUGUACCUCGAAAGAGUGGGAAACCUACGCCGCCACAGCGUGACAAAUGCUCAUUCUGACAUUCAGCUGCUCGCUGUUACUAGUCAGGUCUACUCCGGGAUGGAUGACAGCACCGGAACUGGAUCUGAAUAAAACACGCCAUGUUAGCAUCUGUAAGAGUGCGAAAGAAAUACAGAAACUGUGUGACCUUCAAUAAUUUAUAAAGACAUACAUCAGAAUAUUAUAUUGCAAUAUAAAAAAAAAACAUGAAAUAAAGUAUUGUCAGAUUUCCAGUGUCAAUACAAUUAUCAGAUUAACUUGCAUAUAUUAGCCCCUCUGAUUAAAGGAAAGGUAUUCGUACAUGUCAAAGUCUUUUUCGGUGAAGCAUGAACACAUUAGCAAUAUUGGAAAAAAAAAAAAAAAUGUACGUUUAUAGGCUAAGCUUGUUAUGUACUGCACCUUUCAGAAAUGGAAAGCAGCUUUGUCAAGACAAUCGUCUGCAUUAAGGUGCGAUCACAUUUACUGGCAAAUUUUCUUGUGUAAAAUCCAGUAACUGUUAUCCAAGUGACUGUGAGUUUCGUAAAGAGGCGAAAAAUUUACCCAGUUAAAUUCACUCCAUUAGUUGUCUGGUUUUUCUUUGUGAGCUGCGCUUGCGUCGCUAACACUUUAAAGACGUAACCGCACCUUAAGACAAUGCACAUUUGGUAUAAUCACAGUAAAUAGUGCUGCUUUGUACUAAAAGCUAAAAAUUGUCAGAUCUGAUCAAAUAAAUGAAAAAUAAGUACGUAUUUUGUGAUAUAAAAAAAAUGAAAGGCAACAUUUUUUUUUUUCAUACUGUUGAGUAGGCAG